UCAAGAGGAAAACACGAAUUAAAAGUAGCCAAACGUAUUGAUGAAAACCCGUUAACGUCGGUCGGACAGUAGUUAUAUUUCAAGGAUGACGGUUCAUCUGCAACAUUAAUGUCUAUGGGAACCAACCUAUUCCAUAAACAACCACUGCUCAUUGGCGUUCAACCCCUUUGGUGGUGAUCGUCACAUAUCUGGGCUCAGAACAGCCGUGACAAUGUCUAGCCCAUACGCGUCUAGCCCAUGUUAUUCAUCAGAUGACGAUCAUUCUAGUAAAGGAACUCCUGAUCGAGUAUUCAAGGAGCCUGAAUAUCCCGUCGUAAUUGUAGAUCAGAAAUAUUGUUCCAACUAUCCUAUGGAGUUAAUGUUUGAAAAGAAUGGCAAGGUGGAAGACAAGUUCAAAAUCAGCGACGAAGAAGGAAAUGUUAUAUUUAAAGCAAGUAAGAAGAAGAGUGGCAAACGCAUCAUGGUAGACGAGACAGACGCACCAGUCAUUUCCUUUACAACAAAGCAUAUUACCAUGCAUAGAAGACGUCAAGCCUACAAGGGAGAUCCCCAUGAGCACCAUAGGCUUUUCACUGUGAAGAAGACAAGAGGCUUCAAAUCACUCCGAUAUGAUGUAUUCAUGACAUCUAAUAUGACUGAAAGCACAUUCAAUUAUAGAGUUUAUGACAAUUUUAAAGAUGGAACUUCCAUCAUAAUGGCUCAAGAUAAAUCUACAAUUCUUGCCAAGCUACAUACUGAAGUUACACACAAAAAAGAAGUGAAAGCUGAAGAAAAGUAUUCGGUUUCUUUGUCUCCAAAUGUCGAUAAAGCUUUUGUCUCAGCACUCCUAAUUAUUCGAGAAGAAGUCAGGAAGUCAAGAUAUAAAGGAUACGAAAGCUAAUUAAGGAGAGGCCCGCUAUAUUUUCCUAUGUUAGUUACCAUAGUUAUAUACAGAGGUUAAGAAUCCAUUAUAUUUCAACAAAACAAGCAAGUAUUGUUCCAAAAAUGAACAUUUUACUUGUAGUCUCUUUUCUUUUUUUUUUUUUUUUUUUCUAGUUUGUUUUUGGAGAACAUGAAUGGGAUGACAAAUGGAGUGCACUUUUUUCAAGAAAGUAUCAUCUCUAAGCUUUCUUCCUUCGUUUGAAGUGAGAAAGAGAAGACGGAGCCUGUCUGGAAAAUUAAAUUCACUGAUAGAAAGAUCUUAAUUAGCCAAAAAAUACACUCUUCCUUCUUUUUUCAUUAAAUAUUCCGAUACCCAUAUGACCCUACCUAC